UGUUGCUGAGAACGAAACGGAUUAUUUAACGUGCCGCAAAAAUGGCCCGUAAUUCGCCUGCAACUGAGAAAACAAUUAUGGUGAAAACAAAAAAAUUGCAUUAUUAGAAACAUAAAAUAAAGUGUCGAAAAUCUUAAAUUUACUUUACGUCGAGUAACGGACUGAGCCAAGACUGAGCAGUUAAUGUUGGCUGCCUAUAUAUAGAUACUUUUAUAUACAUAUGUAAAAAUAUUGCAUAUCAAAAAAAUUGAGUAUCGAUAUGGGUAAUCAGCCUGGCAAGCUCCAAGCCCAUACACAGAGUGGACGUCCCAAAAAAAAUGUGCAUUGGAAAUCUGCAGAAAGGCCCUCUCCGCCGGGUCGUCCAAUUUUGACGCCGCUCUCCGAGCAACAGCCCGAUGUAGUGAACUUGCGCUGGGAGCGUCCAGUAUUGGAUGGGGGCUCGCCUAUCACUGGGUACGUUGUCGAGCAUCGUCGUAUGGGCUCGCCUCAUUGGGUGCGUGCCACGCCCACGCCCAUAGCAGGCUGCGAAGUGUCCAUCAGUGGCCUUGAGCCUGGCUGGCGUUAUCAGUUUCGCGCCUUCGCCGAGAACAUUGUGGGCCGGUCAGAUGCUAGCGAGCUGUCCGAUCCACUGACCGUCACCUUGCAGCGUAACGCGAUUACCGUUCCACGCUUUAUAGACGAGCUUUUGGACACAGACGCCGUAGAGGAUGAGCGCAUCGAGUUUCGUGUGCGCAUACUGGGCGAACCACCACCCGAGAUCAACUGGUUUAAGGAUGGAUACGAAAUUUUUAGCAGCAGACGAACGAAAAUUGUCAACGAAAACGAUGUCAGCGUCCUUAUCAUACAUCAAGUGGCGCUCACUGACGAGGGUGAAAUAAAAUGCACGGCCACAAAUCGUGCCGGUCAUGUGGUGACUAAAGCACGUCUUAUGGUGCAGGCACCGCCCAAAAUACGGUUGCCACGUACUUAUGAGGACGGGCUGAUCGUCGAAGCGGACGAGGUGUUACGUCUAAAGGUGGGUGUUGCUGGACAGCCACCGCCGGUCGUUACCUGGCUUCAUGAGGGUGAGGUAAUAGCGCAAGGCGGGCGCUUCGAGAUUACGAAUACAGAUAAGAAUUCACUGCUGAAAAUCGACAACGUGUACCGCUCAGAUCGUGGAGAGUAUAUGGUGCGUGCUUGGAACAAGCUGGGCGAGGAUAUGACAUCUUUUCUGGUCACAGUAACAGCACGUCCCAAUCCGCCUGGCAGAGUGCGUCUUAAUAUGUCGUUCGGCAGGUCGGCUACGCUUUCGUGGACGGCACCCGUUGACGACGGAGGCUGUAAAAUUGGAAACUAUAUCGUUGAAUAUUUUCGCAUUGGAUGGAAUGUGUGGCUAAAGGCGGCCACAACACGCUCUCUCAGUACAACGUUACAUGAUCUUAUCGAGGGCUCCGAAUACAAGUUUCGUGUGAAAGCCGAGAACCCCUAUGGCCUUAGUGAACCUUCUAUCGAAUCCGACGUGCUUUUCAUACCAGAUCCUAAACGCGGUAUAACGAAACCGAAAUCAGCUACAAAAAUCACCGAUGACAAAGAGAAGGAAAAGCAGAAGGGAAACCCAGUGCCUCCACGUCGAAAGACGUUAUCACCACCUCGUCCGCACGUGGAUGCGGCUACUGGAAUGUCGCCAAAACAAUCGCCUGCCGCAGUGCGGAAGCCACGACCUCAACUAAUUGACAAUGAAGAACUGCAUCGCGAGAUGUCUUAUGGCACAUCCGAUCAAGCACUUAAAAUGGAUGUGCGCAAAAGUCCAUCGUUAAGUAGUGCUGAGUCCACAGCUUUGCAGAGCUCCAAAGUAAACUCAAAGCUAAAUCUGACGGUCAUUACCACAACCGCAGUGCCAGAUACGCCAGAAUCGCCUGUGGCUAAGCAAAAAUCUCCGCAACGUACGCCAACACCGUCACCUCUCAAAUUGUUUAAGCCAAAAUCCACAUCUGAAAAGGACAAAUCACCAGUCCGUCCCAGGCCUACAUCUCAGAAACCUCAGCCACUGCCGCCACCGCCGUUGGCAUCACCAGAACCCUCAAAAGCGCCGGAGGUUCCACCUAAACAAUCGACCCUUGAACGGAAGCGUAGCCUGAGCCCAAUCAGACAGUCAACACCAUUACGAAAAAGUCCCACACCACCCCAGCCCAUCAAGUCCACACCAGCGCUGCAGCGUAGUGCCGAGCCUGUACAAUUGGGAGUUAAUCAGAAUGUGCGUCGUUUUGCGGGACACGCCCUGAGUCCAGCAAAGAAUGUACCGUCUUUGGCAAUUGCGAUUGCCACGAGUGCGUUGGGUGGCGAAAAAUUGCCCAAUCCUAUAAUCGAAAUCAGUGCACCACCAGCUCCGGAUUCGCCCAAAGAGAUUACUAUAGAAGCUUCAAAAACUAUUGUGCCUGAAACACCACCAAUUGCCACAUCGGAUUCGACACCUCCUGCAUCGCGUCCUCUAAGGUCAACGGACAAACAUGAAGACGUCCACACGAGCAAUGAGUUCAUGCUCGUCGUGUUCGACAAGAAUAGCAAGGUCAAGGAUAAAGACAAGCAAGAUUCCUUUGAAUUGGACCUGGAGGAUGCCAUACAACCGCCGCCAAUUUCCAUAUCUGCGCCUGAUCUAGCCUUCUUAGAAUUUACCAACUUGCAUACCACGUUCCCGCUGCGACGUUCUGUUAGUUCCACGGAGCUGCUCUAUGAGCGAGCCAUGGCAAGAUUUUAUGAGGCUGUUGAGCUAGAGGAAGCGGAGAAGGUGCGCAAACAAAAGGUUUCUCAAGAUAAGCUAGCCACACCAUCGAAUCCACCUCCGCCACAGAGUAUCUUCCGCAAACGCUUGGGCUCUAUGAGUGAGGCGGAGCGUUUGUCCUUUGAGCGAAGAAGCGAGCUUCGUCGUCAGUCGACCGAUGUGGUGCAGGAUCUGAAACAGACAAACUUGGGUCGCAAAUGGAGCUCACGGGAAAAUAUUAAUGACAUGAAGCCACUUUCUCGAACCACUGGUAUGCUUAUUACGCAACAGUCCAGCCAGGAUGAUGAGGAGCAAGAAGAGGACCGCACGGAAAGCACAGCUGAGGACAGCGAGGAGAUGGAAGACAUCGAGGAUUAUGAGCCACAGCGUCAACAAACCAGCAGCUACGAUCUGGGCUCUGACUACACUGAAAGCACUGCCUCCUCCGACCAGGAUUCGAUAGAAAAAUUCAAAAUGGAGCUGAUGGCACGUACGCAUUCACCGAGUCCUCGUGAUCUGGAGACUUAUCAUCCGCGCAACAUGACAGCCGGAACCUUUACUCCUUAUCGGGCCCCCACCCCCGAACAAGCUGCUGUUGUAUUAACACGUCCUGUGCCAUUGCCCAGCCCUGAUUUUGUGCCUAAGCCUAUUUUGAAGCGAUCGUCUAAUGAAAACGUUGAGCAAAGUACGCCCAGCAGUCCGCCUGUAGUUAUCAAUAGCGAUAUUGUUACCAAUCCACAGUCAAUUACACCGUCAAGUAAUUUAAAACUGGACCUUGCAAAAGGUAUAAAAUCGUUUUUUACUCGCGACAAACGUUCAGCCACCGAAAAGAAUACAGAAGCAAAUCAGGAAAUCUCAAAUCCAUUAGAGAAAACUAAUGCUGCCGCCAUUGCAGCCGAUCUGGAGAUAAAACGCAAGGCAAAGGAGGAAGAGGAUCUGAAGCGUCAGGAGCUGGAACGCCUAAUGCAAGAGGAGGCGCAUGCCGCCGUCGAUCACUACAGCGAUCUGGUGCGCCAGGUGAGCAGUACUCAUAAAUAUCACACGCCGCUUUAUCUCGAUCGUGACGAACUAAAACGGGCCGCGGCGCGAGCAGCAGAGGAGGCUGGUCAAAAGAGUGAAGACGAAGAUGAGGAAACCAAUUUGGCUACCGAACUCCAAAAGCGUCGCGCCCCCAGUCCCGAUAAUGAUAACCUACUGGCGCCACCUCCAAUUAGUCGGGAACGCCGCCUUUCGAUUUCUGAGCGCGAACAACUUGUUCAUGUACGAGAUGCGGCCAGCAAUCUAGCCAUGCACAAGCCACAAACCAAGACGCCCGAAACGCCACCCAUCGAUGCACAGUCGGCGGAAGAUCCCGAAUAUCCCACCUUGUUGGUCGUACCAUCACCAAAAACCAAAAACAAGACUACCAGCGAGUCGGAGAGUGUUAUGAGCGAAAUUGUGGAGGCACGCCCAGAUGCUCGGGGACGCACGCGUCUGGUCAAGGUAAAACGAGUAAUUAAGCGACGUGUUCCUUCCAGCACGCGCUCUCGCGAUGCUUCGCUCAAUCGACCAGCAGUGGACCUAAGCCAAGCCCUCGAUCGAGGUUCACAAACGGCGCUGAUCCUGUCAGCCGCCGAUCGUGAUUUACUAGAGAAAGCAGCCGCUUUGGCGGUGGCACACUCAGAGGAGCAGGCUCAUGAAAAGGUACGCUCUGCGGUCAGCUAUUCCACCGAUCUGGUGCUGUUUCUGGUCGCUUGCUAUGUGUAUUUGUUCAAGGACGCCAGACUAGUACUUCCUAUAUUGGCACUCAUGAUCUAUCGCCAGCUUGGCGAGGCAAUACGCGGCCAUAUGCCCAAUUGGAUGCGUCGUAGGGGUGGCGGAAACAACGACGGUAGCUAGUCACUUCAUAUGCCUUUAUCAUUUAGUGAUAAGUUAGUCAUCAAAAUAUUUACCUAUUACAAAUGUAUCUACUAUGUUUUAUGUUUUAAGCUUUAAGUUCGAAAGAAUCUCGCGGACUUCUAAAUAUGUCUAAGCCCUGGGGUUUGUUUUCAUGUACACGAGUAUGUAUGCCUCGAUUACGUCCAGUUCUUGUUCUAGGCUCAAAUUAAAUAUAUUGUGUUUGUUUGUGGGUUAGUUUCGGUCCCUGCUGCGUUAUGCAUUGUUCAUCAUUAAAUUUGAAAAUAAAGUACUGUAAAGAAACACA